CCACAUCACGAAUUUGGUUGCAUUGGGGUUUUCUCCAAAAAGAUCAUCAAAUCCGUCUCGUGCUUUCUCCCACACCUUUUUUACGCCGGCUUUUAUUGUGAUACUCAAUCUUUAGCAUGCUUGCUGAAGAUGAUGCCACGCUAAAUGGUGCUGAAAAAGAUUCCGACCAGCAGGAUGAAACAAUGGAGGAUUAUGAUGAGGAUGUUGAGCAUGAAAACGGUUCAAGGGGCGAGGAACAAGUACAAGAGACAGAAGAUGUAUUUGCCAAUCAUGGAGGAGAUCCACGUCAACUCGAUCUGAGCAGGUGUCUACUUCUUUCGUGCAUUCCGACAGCUUUUCUUACUGAUACGUAUGAUGUCUUCAAGAGUUGCAUUAUGGACUGGAUUUCCCAAGACUUCAAAGUUUCCCUUGACGCCAUGGAAAAGGUUGUUCGUAUACCUAAACUACAGCCUGAUGCAGAAAAUCCGGAUUUGGCUCUACGUGCAAUUAUAUCGUUCAAAUCACGGGUACACAAACAUCGUGUAUAUGCCCAGAGGAACCUGGCUGCAGAUUCAUCUAUUAAACUUGAUAUACUGAAUAGUAUACCACGAGAAUUCGUUGACAUCGAUGAAGAUCUCGAAAUCGCCGAUGAUGUCGGUGAAGAUGACGAGGGUGCAGAAGAGCACGGUGCCGGUGAAGACGAUAAGUCUGAGAAAGACAAAGCUGAGUCCAAUCGUGGUGAAACAAGCUUUGGAGAUGGGCAUGGUGACGAUUAUAUGGAUUCACACCAUGGAGCUGAAGAUGAUGAAUCGGCGACAUCGAGGUCCAAAAGAAAAACAUAUGUCGACGAAGAUCUCGAAGCUCCCUUUGAAAUCUCUUGGGAAGGGGCCCCGGAGUUCCAGUGGAAAUUGUGUCCAACUCCAGCAGAUACCAGACGUCUUAUCAUUGAGAACAUCUUCUGGGCUGAUCUUCAUAACGUUUUUAUAUAUCGCGUGAUGCUGAAAGCUGAGACGGUAGACAUAAGUUUUCCCAUGCGAUUCAAUAUAGAAGGGUCGAAGCAGAUGUACGGCAAAAUCACUAUGACAUUUCAAUGGAGCAUGCAGAUUAUGACGGAAGCCAUGCGCCACCUCAUCUAUGUCCGCUGCCCUCAGGGUCGCCGUAUCAAGAUAUUUUUACCUCAGACACCUUCGGCUAUGAAGCUCAAAGAAGAGUUCGAAGGGAAAUUAGGCCGCGUAAUCCAGCCCACUCGAAGGAUGCAUCAGCUAGUACUGAAAGUGCUUCCACAUAAUUUUGAGCUUACUAUGGAUGCAGCUCGGGAAUUGUUCGCUCCUUAUGUCCCAGCCGAAAUUGAGAAUGUGAAGGACGAUUUAGGGCAGCCAUGUGCUGUCGUUACUAUGAGUAAUGUUGAUGAUGCUAUCAAAGUACAUUCUUCAUUUUCAUUCGUUACUGUAAAGGAUGAAAACGGAAAAGAUUGCAAAGCUCACGUAUUCCUUCGUGGAGUGGAACCUCAUUUUGGAUCUCUUAUUACACGCUGGGACAAGAGAAAGAUAUCCUUGGAAAAUGCUAGAAGAGGAGCAAAACGUCCUGCUUCUGAGAGUCUGAAGACUUCGCUGUCAAGCAAGAAGCCUCGUGGGUCGACGAUUCGUGGAAGCGCCUAUCGUGGUGCCAUCCGCGGCGCUGCGCGAAUCGGAAGAGGAUUCUAUAGGGGACGCGGUGGUGCUCGCUACGAUACCUUCGACCGCGCCUAUGACGCCACAGCUUCCUAUGAUGCACGUUAUGAAGCUGAAUUGCGCGACAGAAUGCUGAAAAGAGAGAUGAUGGAUGAAAUGGCUCUGAAGAGUCGCGAGCCCAGAGGGAGAGGUUACGGAUAUAGCAGGUCGUCUUAUGGUGGACCAAGCAGUUAUGAACCCUCUUAUGGUCGAAGCAGCUAUGAUCCAUACAGCCGUCGACGUUAUGAAUAUUGAAAUUAACGCCCUCGCGAUAUCAUGCGAGUUGAUUUUCAAAAGCGGAAUUUUUGUUAUUUAUUGCGUAUAGUAUCAGUCUAAGAUUAAUUAAACAUCAUGUUAUGAAAUUACAUAGAGAAAAAGCUUAAAACCAUUGUCUUUUUGUGAUUCUCUUGGUCCUUUACAGCACCAAUAAUUCUAAUGUAUGUGGCUAUAAUCGCUACCUAUCGUAUUGGCUAUAGUCGCUAUCGUAUUUU